UUUAUAACUAUUUUUUGUGCUGUUCUUCUUGUGAUCGUUAUCUCCUCCCUUAACACUCCCAAGGCCAAAUUGAUUAACUCUCUGUUUAGCCGUAGCUGAACAGAAAGCUCGAGAAUUGCUGAGUUGUAAUGUGACAGACCCGGAUAUCCAAACCUGAAGAAAUCCUGAAACCUCCCAUUCCCUUUCUAUUCUCCUGGACUUUUCUGAUUGGGACUUGUUUAUUUGAUCCUUUUUUGCUUCAAAGUUCAGAGCUUUAGCUCAAUCUCCUUUGCUCUGUACUCUGGGUUUGUGGUGUUCUUGCUCAGUUUCAAGCAUUUUUCCUCCCUGAAGAUGUUAAUCGGACAUUGAGCCCUUAAACCUCGGGGGGUUUGGUGAAGCCCAACGUUUUAAGGUCAUUUGUUUAAGGUUAUCUCAGCGGGAAUCAUGGCUGUUCUUUCCCCAAUGUAGUAACCAAGUUUCAAGAUUAAACCCCAAAGUUUCAUAUUAUUUUGAAUUCUUUAGCCUGCACUUGCUCUGCAUAUCAGAAUCAAAGUCAGUGGUUUAGGUGUGGGGUUAGUGGUUAGAUCCUUACUUUUAGAUAUUCAAAUGGGGUUGGAUCUACAGAAUCAGAGAAUGGAAUGUGCAGUGAAGAUCUCUAAGCCCCAGUCCAACAAUAUUUCAGAAAUUGUUUCCAAAGUUGCUAAGGCUUGUAGAUAUAGGUCCAUUGGGGUUUUUAGUUCUGAAAACCCACACUUGAAUUACCAUGGUCUAUCACUAGCCAGUGGCAAGUAUGGUCCCUUGGUAACUGAGGAGAGUGGUAGUGAUGUAACUGAGGAAGGUGAAUCGAAUGCGGUUAAAGUUCAUCCCGAGCCUGUUGGGGUUCGGGGUGAAGUAAAGAACUGUAGUGUUGGGGUUCAGGGUGAAGUGAAGAGGUGCGGUGAUGGGGAGAUCUCGAAGUUGUUUGAUGGGGUUUCUGCGUUGAAAUUGGCUUAUGUUCAGCUCCAGCAGGCUCACGUGCCUUAUGAUCCCGAUAAAAUCCGAGCUGCAGAUGAGGUUAUUGUGUCUCAGCUUGAAUCGCUGUGCAGGAUUAAGCAAGCUUACAAAGGGAGGCAGAUGAAGGGAUCGAAAUCUGCCUCUGCUUGUUCACCGAUUUUACUUGGAGAAAUCCGGGUUCGAGAGAAGCUUUUGAAUCAAUUGAAGUCUGGGGUCAAAGAAAAGGAGUCUAAGGUGGUUGCUUUGCAGCAAGAGCUUCGGGAUUCAGUGUCGAGGAAUAAGAGGUUGGGUGAGGAGCUUAAGAAGAGAGACGAGGAUGUUAAGGUUUUGAAUUUCUCGUAUGUGGAGGAAAUUGUUGGAGCAGUGUCAAAGGCUAUACACGACUUUGCCAAGCCAUUAAUCACCUUGAUGAAGGUCUCGGGCUGGGAUUUAGACCAAGCAGCUAACUCAAUUGAAGGCUCGGUUGUUUACUCCAAGAGGUCCCACAAAAAAUACGCAUUUGAAGCCUAUAUUGCUCGGAGAAUGUUUCAUAGAUUCUCAUUCCAAUCGUCAAGUCUUGAUACUCUGAAGAAGUAUGAUGACCCAAUUGAUGCCCUAAUCGAAGAUCCAAAGUCAAGUUUUGCCACAUAUUGCAGAGAAAAGUAUCUAUCAAUAGUUCACCCCGCAAUGGAAAUAGCAUUCUUUGGCAAUGUCGACCAUCGGACAUUUGUGAGCAAUGGAUUUCAUCCACCAACACCUUUCUACGCAGCAUUUGUCAAAAUGGCCCGAUCCGUUUGGAUUCUUCAAGGCACUGCUGCAUCGGUGCAACCAACGUGUGACAUAUUUAGAGUAGAGCGAGGGCGUGAGUUCUCAAAUCUUUACAUGGAGUAUGUGGAGGAAAUAAGCGAAGAUAGCGUUCCAUCAAACAAGGAGCAAGAAAGGCUCAAAGUCGAAUUCAUGGUCAUGCCCGGAUUCAUAAUUGGUGAUAACAUUAUCAAGUCUCGGGUUUAUCUAUCAAAAACAUAACUUUUGUGCUGAAACAUCCUUGACGAAACUGGUAAGUGCCCUAUUGCCAAUGCAGACCUUAUAUUCUAUGAAAAACAUGCGAUUUUGCGGUUUUGAAAUAUAGAUGACAUAGAUCGGGUAAAUGCAUUGAUGUUAUUGUAGUUGGUGGAACUUGUUUCUUCAAGGUAACGCUUUCAAUGUUCUAAUCAUGUAAUGAGCAAUCUGUUGCUUUUCCCAUUGUAAAUAUAUAUAUAUAUCUUAACUAAUACUCCAUAGUAAAUUUCUUAGUUAU